AGUUGUGGCGGCUGGCGAUUAAUGGAACAACAGCUGUUUUGUAAAAUUCGGCCCGCAAAGUCGGCACAAAAUUUUUAAUCAAUACGUUAGGUAAUAAAGCUAAAUUAAAUAAUGUUAAAAUAUCUAACGCAGCCGCUGCGGAGAACGACGGAAAUUGCAAGGCGUUCGUUCUGCAAUAGUAAACUGAGCGGCAGCAGCGCAAAAGUAACAGCGGCGACAACAACAACAACGCCAACUGUGGGCCCUUUGAUUGAGGUUCGUGAGGCGCUCGACGGAUGGAGCGACAAAUUAAAGGAGGCGGGCGUCAGUGACAUUGACUUUAAUCUAAAAUGCAUUGUCUCACAUGUGCUGCAGCGAAAAUUUAAUACCGUGCCGGAUGACUUUGCCCAGCUGAAGUUCAACUCGGAGCAGCUAGCUGACUUUGAGCGCUUCCUCGAAGCGCGUUGCGCUCGCAUGCCGCUGCAGCACAUUAUCGGCGAAUGGGAUUUUAUGGACAUAACACUGAAGACGGCACCCACUGUCUUCAUACCACGCCCAGAAACGGAGGAGUUUAUCCGCUUGGUUAUUGAAAACUAUCGCAAGGUCGAGCAUGUGAAUAUGCUCGAAGUCGGUUGCGGCUCUGGAGCCAUGUCGCUGUCCAUGCUUCACGCUUUGCCUCAAGUAGACGCGACGGCCAUUGAGCGCAGCAAGGCCGCAACAAAGCUGGCCUGGGAGAAUGCCAAGCUGCUCGGGCUCCAUCAGCGCUUCAAGGUCUUCAAUCACACCAUGGAAACGGACAACUACUUGCCCACUGAGCUGCAGGACAAGCAAUACGAUCUGAUCAUCUCCAAUCCUCCCUAUGUGAAAACCGAGGAGUUUCAGUUUUUGCAUCCCGAAGUUGUUGUGUACGAGAACCUAAACGCUUUAGAUGGCGGCUCGGAUGGACUGCGCGUGGCUCGUUUGGUCUUCGAGCUGGCCUGCCGGCAUUUGCGACCUGGAGGCCAGCUGUGGCUGGAGCUGGGCAACGAUCAUCCGCCUCUGGUGAAAACCAUCAUGAAUAUGCAGUAUCAAGGUCGCUUGAAUUUUGUGCAGAGCUACGAGGAUCAGUAUAAGCGCGAGCGCUUCGUCCAAUUGGAGAGAGUCUAGGGCUCCAGCACUCGGACACAACAUUUAAUUAAUUGAACCUGAUUAAUGCAAUUAGAAUUAGUCGCAAAUGCAUUUAUCUGUGAUGUGACCUACAUAGACACCCAAAAUACCAAUUACCUGAGAGGCUAUCACAUAUGUAUACACACAUGCAUAUAUAUACUUAUGAAUAUAUAUAGAAAAUAUGUUUAUAUUA